AAACAGGACUGAACAUUUACUGAGAGCUGCCUUCAACAGAACAUCGAGAUAAAACAGCUUUACCAUCACAGUGAGCAAAUCCAGAGAUAACAACAACAUUUUAACAAAAAACACCAAUUCAUGCAUGAGAGAAAAAAUGCAGUGGAAUUUAUUUCUGGUUAUUUUGUUCGCUCAGCCCAGUUUGAUGGUCUGUCAGCUCUAUGAUUAUCACUACAUUAAUGAGGAAAAGACCUGGACUGAAGCUCAGCAGUACUGCAGAGAGAAACACACUGACCUGGCCACAGUGUCUAACAUGGCAGACAUGAAGAGACUCCUCAGUAACUCAGCAGGAAACAUGAAGGAAGCUUGGAUUGGUCUGUAUGAUCAGACAGAUGGUAUCAGAACAUGGUACUGGUCUCUGCCUGGAGUGGAGUUCAAUGAGACAAACUGGAAAGAAGGAGAACCAGAUGAUUAUGAAACUGAGAACUGUGCUGGUAGAAAAACUGAAACUUCUAAAUGGAGCGACAUAUCUUGUGACCAUCAAACAUAUUUUCUCUGCUAUAAUGAAAAUAAAACAUCAGAGAAAUUCUACCUGAUUAAAGAAGAGAAGACCUGGCUGGAAGCUCAGAGUUACUGCAGAGAGAAACACACAGACCUGAUCAGUGGAAUGGACCAGCUAAAAGAAUUCCAACUGAAAGAUGUUCUAUCUGUAGAUAGUUGGGUGUUUAUUGGUCUGUUCAGAGACACCUGGAGGUGGUCAGAUGGAAGAAGCUUUUCUUUCAGACACUGGAACCUUCAGUUUGAUGAUGAGAAAUACAACAGCGGUCAAUGUGCCAUGACUGUGUUUGAUGAUGGAGGCAGAUGGAAGAAUGAGGACUGCGCGGCGAAAAAACCCUUCAUCUGUUAUGAUGAUAAUCUGAUCCUGGUCAAAGAAAAGAUGAACUGGAAGGAUGCCUUAUCCUACUGCAGGGAACACUAUCAUGAUCUGGUCACCAUCAAAACCCUUGAACAGCAGAUAUUGGUCCAAGAGAAAGCCAAGAAGGCAUCAACUCCUUUUGUCUGGUUAGCACUGCGCUAUAACUGCACUAAGAAGUUCUGGGUCUGGGUUUAUCCUGAGAGGGUCACUAGCAGAACCCAGAACUCAGGUGGAGAGGUCGAUGACUGUAACAUUUCUGGAGCCAUGGACACUGGAGGACAACAUAAGUGGUUCCAAAGAAACGGGGGAGAGGAGUUUAAUUUUAUUUGUUCUAAGAUUUAAGGGCAAAGGUUUGUUCAGCCUGCAUUCUUCACCCCAUGUAUCAGUAAAAUGCUUUGUUAUAUCAUUUCUGAUUUUUUACUUGAACUUUGUCUGUGUGAUUGACUGUCAACGCUAUCAAUCCUGAGAAGCUCACUUUAUAAAAAUCUGAUGCAUCACUGAAUCGGGUCUGUUAAAGGUCUUGUGGCUCUGCAAAACAUGACAGUUAGUGAGGGAAUCAGCUACUGUAAAUUAGCCCUU